UCUCGGGCGGGCAUGGAACCGUGGUCGCUGCGUCAGUGGCGAGAGAGGCCCAGCGCGUGUGUGCGGCCAGGGGGAAGUGCGCUUGGGCUGCAUAGUGAGCAUCGGAUUGCUGAGGUGUCUCCUCGAGAGAAGAUGGUAACGAGCGUGUCGGGUGCCCUUCACGAAAGCGCGUCUGUAAAGGUGGGGGAGCUGCGGCCGUCGGCUGAGCUCGGCGACAAGCAUGACGCGGCGGCCGUGCCGUGCGUGUUCGCACCCGACGACAGCCGCGUCGCCUGGUCCUGCGGCGACCGCAAGGUCGUCAUCCUGCCCUGGAACAGCGACAGGAACUGCCUGGCGCAGGACAAUGACCGGGACGCGGCCGGCCGGCAGCUGCGCGGUCACCGACUGGUCAUCUCCACCGGGCUGGAGGUGUGCUCCAUGGCCUUCUGGCUGGGCAGCGGGCGCACCGACGACGGACGGCGCGGCUCCUGGAAAAGGGCGCAGGACAAUGACCGGGACGCGGCCGGCCGGCAGCUGCGCGGUCACCGACUGGUCAUCUCUACCGGGCUGGAGGUGUGCUCCAUGGCCUUCUGGCUGGGCAGCGGGCGCACCGACGACGGACGGCGCGGCUCCUGGAAAAGCUUCGCCCCCGACGCCUCGCUGCGACUCGUGUCCGCCUCUGCCGACAAGACGCUCAAAGCCUGGGACCUCACCGACGACGGCAACAUGUACAAGACGCUGUCCGAGUGCCGCGUACCGCUGCUGCGCUGCUCCUGGAGCCCCGACGGUCGCCAGCUGGUCGCCUGCGGCCAGAGCAAGCUGCUUUACGUAUACAAUAUGGUGACAUACAAGCGUCACUUGGUACUGGAGGGCCACGUCCACGACGCCACUUCGUGCUCCUUCAGUUCCGAUGGCAGGCUGAUCAUUUCCGGCUCGCUCGACACGCGCGCCAUCGUUUGGGACGCCGAGACAGGGGCGCAGCUGCAGACCCUGCUGCACCUGAACCCGCCGCCCCGCCUCAUCUUCGCCUCGGGCGAGAACGGCGCCUGGGUCAGGGCGGCCGUCAUGUCCAAGUCCAUGUGCCAGACGGCGACGGUGUGCGAGGACGGGUGA